AUGGUACCAACAUACCAUGCAUGGAUGCAGGAUCCGGAGAUUCUGGAACUCACUGCAUCCGAGCCUUUGAGCCUUGACGAGGAGUAUGAGAUGCAGCAAUCCUGGCGAGACUCCGAGGACAAGCUCACCUUCAUUUUGCUUGACCAAAGCUUGCAGUCAAGCAUGGCUGGAGACGUCAACAUUUUCUUUGGGCAGGGAGAUGAUCCCGAGAAACUCUACGAACUUGGAGAGAUCGAGGUCAUGGUUGCAGCCCCCGAGAGUCGCCGUAAGGGCAUUGCGCGCGAGGCCGUGCAACUGAUGCAGGCCUUUGCCGCACAAUUUCUCGGCACGAAGCAAUUUCUGGCGAAGAUCAAGGAUGAAAAUGUGGCAUCUCAGAAGCUCUUCGAGAGUCUGGGCUACGUCCUGGAGAAGCACGUCGAGGUCUUCCAAGAGAUCCAUUACAGGUUUCAUGUGAACCGGGAAGAUUUGACGCCAAUUGUUACAGAGGAGUUGCAAGAGGACCACGACUUGGUGCUCUCAGCCUCGCUGCCCGGCCUGUCCGCGCCGGGGAGCUUCACUCGCAGCCGCGCUGGACUCAGCAUGCAGAGCAGACGGUGCGGUGCAUGGGACGCUGGAUUUUGCUGCAUUUCUUUGGGUGCAGAUGUUGAUUGA